AUGGACACACAUCCUCCAUCAUCUCAAUAUAUGGACACAUAUCCUCGACCAUUGCAAUAUAUAAACACAUAUCCUCCACUAUCUCAAUAUAUGAACACAUAUCCUCGACCAUCUCAAUAUAUGGACACACAUCCUCCACCAUCUCAAUAUAUGAACACAUAUCCUCGACCAUCUCAAUAUAUGGACACACAUCCUGGACCAUUCAUUUUACGAAAACCCCAAAAUGGUUACAACUUACCCUAUUUACCGUCAAAUAAUCAAUAUUACUCUCAAUAA